GCCAUUUUGGCUCAAGCUUGUGGCACCUGAACUGUGUAUUUCUGUUACAGGUCGGACGGGUGGCUAAGAUCGAGGCGACUCGUGAUCAUGGCAGCAACCGUACCUGUUCAUCCCUGGUCGUCGUGGAGUGUGCCCCCCUUUUCGGUUGAGUGGAACCCUUAUGGAACGAUCAGCAAGAGCAGGAGACGCGCGCUGCGGAGGCUGCACCUGGCAGUGGGUCGUCAAGCGGCACUGGAUUUUGGUCUCGUUGUCGUGGAGCCGUGGCGGGAUCUUUCGUGGACCUCGGGCCAGGCCGCCGACUGUCUGCAGGGGCACGCUCCAGCAUGCGAGAACGGUGCAGUGGCUGCCGGCGUAUUGUGGGCACCGGACCCAGACGCCUUCAGCUACAGCACGGAAGUUGCUGCAGCUGCGGUGAUAGAGCCCGACUUUUUCAGCUCCAGCGCUGGGAUCAGAGCGAGCGCGUGUGAUAAGGCGGAGGCGGAGCAAGAUGAUCAAUUUCCUGUUCCACCGCCGCUGCCUGCUGCUAUUUUUGCGAGUGCCGCUGCCGAGGAGGCUCUGUCGGACGAGGCCGAGCUGGAUGCAGCCACGGUCGCGCCCGACCCCGCCUCGGAAACGGUGACCAACACCGACGAGGACGCGCACAUUGUCGAGGUUGAAAAGCAGAUGAACAGCUGGGCGCGCAAGAGGUCAGCCAGUCGUUUAUUUCUGCGUAUGCGGCGCCGCCUCGACAGUACGGUCUCUCACAAAGUAGCUGCUGACUCUGUUGAUAAGGCGAUGUUCAAGCCUGAUGAUCGGGCGACCAGUUUGCGUCAGUGCUGGCAGGAUAUGUGUGGAACCAGGUGGGAAAGUCGCAAGUCUGAUAUAGAGUCAUCGGCCGUUCCAGCAGACUUUUUGCAACAAUUGGGUCAAUGCUCUGUAAACGGGCCUGCGGUGGUGCCCGCUCCCCCCACAGCAGCUCCAUCCGAAUGCCCGCAGAGCUGAAGGUGUCCCUCCUCGUUAAGGUCGUCGCGCCGCUCUACCUCUUCGUCACGUGGCGCGUCGAGCUCAGGGGAGGAAACCGUCAUUUUCCUUGUACCACUACGUGGGAUAGCCUGUUCCUGCU